CGCGCGGAAAGCAUAUCCGGGCAGCAGGGCCGGUGGUGGCGACGGCGGUGGAGUUGAAUUUCCAGUUUCCACUUCCAAUAUUGAUGACCUUGAAAGUGCAUUUGGAUCCGAGACAUUUUCUGUCACUGAACAAAUCAAGAGUUUCUCUGCUAUUUCAGAGCGAUACAGACAGCUUAAUAUCAUACGACCUCACUUCUCCAAAUUAGAUGAAAAGAGAGUUUUCUCUUGCUUUCCAUGAAGCUCAGCUAUUGCCUGUUAAUUUUGACUCUUGCUGCUGAUCUUUCCAUUGGAUUUACACUGGAAAAUGUAGCUUUCAACAGAACAGUUGCUCUUGGGACUCUCAAUGCAUCGCUUCAUACGGUGUCUCAAGCUUCAGUAAGUUCUCCAGCACACCACGAUAUCAUUGCCAAAGAGGGGACCAGUAUUUUACUUGAAUGUAAACUGAACAACAGCCAGUAUGAAUAUAUUCUUUGGUAUAACUCCAGAGGACAUCUGCUUGAACAGAAGGAUGAAGGUGGCCACUGGAGGAUUGCUGAUAAUUCCCUCAACAUCACCAGGGUCAGCUUUGCUGACCGGGGGCGAUACACGUGCGCGGGUGUUACCCGUAACGACACCGUGUACUACACCGUCACCCUGAGGGUCAUCUUCACCUCAGGAGACAUGAGUAUCUACUACAUGAUUGUGUGCCUCGUUGCCUUUGCCAUCACCCUCAUUUUAAACAUCACCCGGCUGUGCAUGAUGAGCAGCCACCUGCGCAAGACGGAGAAGGCUAUCAAUGAGUUCUUCAGGACGGAAGGGGCUGAGAAGCUUCAGAAGGCUUUUGAGAUAGCCAAGCGCAUCCCCAUCAUCACCUCUGCCAAAACGCUGGAGCUGGCCAAAGUCACGCAGUUCAAGACCAUGGAGUUUGCUCGCUACAUUGAGGAGCUCGCCAGAAGCAUUCCCCUGCCACCCCUGAUCCUCAACUGCCGGGCCUUCAUGGAGGAGAUCUUCGAGGCGGUGCGGGUGGAGGAUCCUGACGAAGCUGGUGAGGAGGGAAAGCAGAGCCAGGCCUGCGGCGCCCAGGCCGCGCUGUACCCCAGCAACCCGGAGAUGAAGCGCAGCGACUCGCCGGCCGGCGAUUCAGACGAUGGCUCCAUGAACGAGCAGGGCCAGGAGAUAGCUGUGCAGGUGUCCAUUCACCCGCAGUCGGAGGUGCAGAGCAUUGACUCUGUUUCUCACGACAGCUGCCAGUUUGCACCUUCCGAGGAAGGCACCUGCUGAGUCCGGCGCUGUUGUGAAGGAAGCACAGACGACCCCAGGCUGCUGCCGGAAGGGGGGUCUGCAAACCAGCUGCCUCAGUCCCAACUGCACAAGUGCUUUCCAAAUUUCAGGGUGCCAGAACUGCUGCCCAAAUCUGUAUCUUCUGUCAGUGUUGAUCUCAUGGUUUCAAGUCUGUUUAAAGAAAGCCAUUUGGAAUACUGUGCAGUGGCUUUUCUUUUUAAAACAAGCUUUCUAUACUUAAAAUAGUUACAAAACAGGAAUUCUUUGCCCUUGUCUCCUUGGCAGCUUCUGAUACUUUUCAUCUCUAUUAGAAGUGGCCAAGCUGAGCAGUGCAACUUGCAAUAAGAUCUUUCCCUUUGUGAACUCUUUCCUUCCUUCACAAAAUGGAGCUGGAAUUCCUUUGAUCAGUGUUGUUGUCCUGAUGAGUUGUGUGCUCUUUUUGAGUUGCCUCUUGGUGCGUGUAGCCCAUCAGAGCCGUGGUGAGCUUGAGCAGAUCUGUUCUGUGUCGUGUGCUUCUAUGUUGCUAUCAAAAUGUACUGUACUUGGGGAGAGAAUAGUUUCAAAGCAGCUCAGAGAACAACCAGGGGGCCCCAGUUCUCCGUCUGUCUGCGGAAAACUCGUGUGUGCUCCAGCGUGGGGAGAGCAAAUUGUUACAGAGGUGGCUGCCUAAACUCGGUGCUGAUUGCCAAAGCGCCUUACCCUGGCUCUGCCUGACAGAAUGGAGCAGUAGCAGCACUGCUGGCACUGCCUUUCCUUGACUUUGCUGACUUCACUGCCUCUAGAAAAUCCAAAGUUUUCUAUUGUAUUUGACAUGGUUGUGAGAAAAGAGUGACAGUAAUGUGUCGUGGCAUCAUGUAAAGAUUCAUUCAGCUACGGAGUAUAGCAUUAGCCAGGUUGGAAAAGACCUUGGAGAUCAUUGAGUCCAACCUAUCACCCAACACCAUCUAACCAACUAAACCAUGGCACCAAGUGCCUCAUCCAGGCUCUUUUUGAACACU